GCCCUCGCGCGCCCCCCGCCCGGGUCGCGGCGGGGCCGUGGUGUACGUGCCGAGCGCGCCGAGCGAGUGGCGCCCGCACGCCCUGCGCUCCACCACAGGCCGGCUGGGUGCCCGGGACGCGGAGGCGGCCAAGGAGGCAGGUCUCGCGCGCUCGGGCUCGCGCGCCGGAGCGGAGGUUGCCGUCCGUCGCGCAGGCCGCGCUCCCUCGGCUCCCGGGGGCGAUGAGGCGCUGAGGCGGCAGCCGGCGCUGCGGUGCCGGACCCGAAGACGAGGAAGCGUCCGGGCCCACGGUGGGGAGCCGGCCUCCUUCUAGCGAGGGGCGGCGAGUGCAUGGCGCAGUGACGGGCCCUGCCACUCCGCCCGCUCCCCUGUCCCGGGCGAGGCCGUCCGGCCGCCACCCCUCCUGCUCGGCCGCCGCCAUGGCCAAUGACAGCGGUGGGCCCGGCGGGAUGAGCCAGAGCGAGCGAGACCGGCAGUACUGCGAGCUGUGCGGGAAGAUGGAGAACCUGCUGCGCUGCGGCCGCUGCCGCAGCUCCUUCUACUGCAGCAAGGAGCACCAGCGCCAGGACUGGAAGAAGCACAAGCUCGUGUGCCAGAGCGGCGACGGCGCCCCCGGCCACGGGGCGGGACCGCACCCGCACGCCGGCCCCUCGCCGGCCUCCACGGUGCAGCCGCCCAGGGCCGUCGGGGCCAAGGAGGCCCGGAAGGCGACGCCGCGCCGGGACAGCGCCGCCGCCGGGGACGCAGCCAAGCCAAAGGCCAAGCCCGCGGCGGCCGCGUCCCCGCCUCGCGCGGCUCCCGGCGGCCGGGGCCCGGCGGCGGCGGCGGCGGCGGCGGCAGCCGAGGCGGAGCCCGCGAAGGAGGAGGCGCUGGGCCGCUCGUCGCUGUUCCAGGAGAAGGCGAACCUGUACCCUCCGAGCAACACGCCGGGCGAGGGGCUGAGCCACAGCGGUGGCCUGCGGCCCAACGGGCAGACGAAGCCGCUGCCGGCGCUGAAGCUGGCGCUGGAGUACAUCGUGCCGUGCAUGAACAAGCACGGCAUCUGCGUGGUGGACGACUUCCUGGGCAAGGAGACCGGGCAGCAGAUCGGUGAGGAGGUGCGCGCCCUGCACGACACCGGCAAGUUCACGGACGGCCAGCUGGUCAGCCAGAAGAGCGACUCGUCCAAGGACAUCCGAGGCGAUCAGAUCACCUGGAUCGAGGGCAAGGAGCCCGGCUGCGAAACCAUUGGGCUGCUCAUGAGCAGCAUGGACGACCUGAUCCGCCACUGUAACGGGAAGCUGGGCAACUACAAAAUCAAUGGCCGGACGAAAGCCAUGGUUGCUUGUUACCCAGGCAAUGGAACGGGAUACGUACGUCAUGUUGAUAAUCCGAAUGGAGAUGGAAGAUGUGUGACGUGUAUAUAUUAUCUUAACAAGGACUGGGACGCCAAGGUAAGUGGAGGUAUACUUCGAAUUUUCCCAGAAGGCAAAGCCCAGUUUGCUGACAUUGAACCUAAAUUUGAUAGACUGCUGUUUUUCUGGUCUGACCGUCGCAACCCUCAUGAAGUACAACCAGCAUAUGCUACAAGGUACGCAAUAACUGUUUGGUAUUUUGAUGCAGAUGAGAGAGCACGAGCUAAAGUAAAAUAUCAAACAGGUGAGAAAGGUGUGAGGGUUGAACUAAAUAAGCCUUCUGAUUCAGUCAGUAAAGACGUCUUAUAGAGACACUUGGAUCCAGCAACACCACUUCACCUGCAACAAGUGUUGACGCUGUGUGUUAACUUGUGACUGCACAUAAACGGGAUAAAGAGAAAUAGACAACCAUUUGGCAUUUUCAUAAGGAAACAGAAACAACGUUUUUGUGUUGCAUCGGGAAGAAGACUUGACUGUGUGGCUUUGUACUGCAUGAGUGACUCCGAACCUGUGAUUGCUGUGGGAAGAACAUAAGCUGUCAGCCGAACACGGUAUUUACACCUGGACAUGAACUAAGUGCCCGGCAGAGUGGUUUCAUUCUCACAUUUGGCCAGACCUGUCAUCUAGCUGAGUUCGUUUCAUCUCUCCCUUUUUUAUAUAGUCAAGUUUGAAUUUGAAGUAAUUUUUGUAUGAUCAGGUACAAUCUAUCAAAACUUAAUUGAGAAAAAAAUUACAGUAUUAUUCCCCAAAGUAGCAUCAAUCUAUUUUUGUAAACCUCUUCGUACUAUUAAAUUUUGCCCUAAAAGACCGCUUAUGAUGAUUGUUGCCAGUGACUAAUGAUUACUUUAAUUUUCUUUUUACCCGAAAGAAGGAGCACUUUAAUUACCAGCUGAAAAACCGGAUUGUUCUGUAGUCUUGUCUUACACUAAUUCGAACUCUUAAAAAUUGCUGCUGUUGUUUUUUUGGCAUUGUUAAUAAUGAAACAUAACAGUAAAACUAUACCACUUACUACCAGUAA